AUGGAAGCUUUGCACAGGGCAAAUUCCCUUUACAUGCAUGAUGAGUUUGCAGAAGCUGUAGAGUUAUAUGAGCAGGCUAUUAACACAGAAAAAAGCUUUGAAGGACUUAUUGGGUUAUCCUCAGCUUUAUUGAAAACUGGGCAGUAUAAAAGAGCUGAAGAAGCUGCAAGUGCUGCAAUCGAGAUUAAUCCAGACAAUUUUAUUGGAUUUUUCAGGCGAGCCCAAUCUUUAUUUUUCCAACAGCAAUUACAGCUUGCGUUACAAGAUUUCGAAGCAGCUGAAAAGCUCAAUGUAAAUGCUGCAGGAAUUUGGAUAAGAAAAUGCAAGGUAGAGAUAAGUAAUUUAGUUUUGCCGCCUGGCCGAGAUCCAUAUACUUGGUAUCAAAGUGACAGCCACGUAUUUAUAGUGUUAAACGUAAAAGCAAGAAGCAGUGAAGAAACAAAAAUUGAAAUAGCAGAAAACUCAUUAGAAGCUUCAGUCAUAAAUACUAAUUCAGCUGAAUUCACAGUACACAUAAACCUUGCCCGUCCAGUGGUCAAAGAAGAAUCAAGCUACAAAAUUCUUCCAACUAAAAUUGAGAUUUCUUUGAAAAAACGAGAAAAUUCAAACUGGAUAGACUUAGAGCCUCAAAAAAUUGCGGAAGUGAGGCCAAGCUAUCCAUCCUCAAAUAAAUUCAAAAGAGAUUGGAAUAAAAUUGAUAAAGAAUUAGAUCAGGAGUUGAAAAAAACCAAGCCUGAAGGAGAUGAAGCAUUAAAUGAACUGUUUAAACAAAUUUAUGAAAAUGGAGAUGAAGAUACCAGAAGGGCAAUGAUUAAAUCUUUUCAGACGUCUGGAGGGACAGUGCUCUCGACAAAUUGGGGGGAGGUCAGAAGUAAAGAUUAUGAAGGAAAAGACAGGCCUGAUCCACCAAAAGGACAAGAAUGGAAAAAAUGGGGUUCUUAA